UAGCGCAUUAUUAAUUCGGAGUAGAAUGUAGAGCGUGAUCACACAUACCUACCCUCGUACUAAAUAUACACAGUCCUUUCCUCUUGUAAUUAAUUUCUCUCCUCCGAUCCCCACCGCUCGCCGAUGGAUCGAUCCACCAGCGUUUCGCGGCGAGACCCGUACCCAGCGGAAGAGGCGGAUUCCGUUGAGAAGAUCUUUGCGGGGUCUGAGAAGGUGCUUUCGUGGAGGGAUCAGUUGACUUUGAGGGCAUUGGUAGUGAGUUUGGUGCUGAGCAUUCUCUUCACUUUCAUAGUCAUGAAGCUCAACCUCACUACUGGCAUCAUCCCUUCACUCAAUGUCUCUGCUGGCCUCCUGGGCUUCUUCUUCCUCAAGACCUGGACCAAACUUCUCGGGAAAUCCGGCCUUUUGAAACAGCCCUUUACCAGGCAAGAGAAUACUGUCAUCCAGACCUGUGUUGUUGCCUCUUCCGGCAUUGCCUUCAGCGGAGGUUUUGGAAGCUACAUGUUUGGAAUGAGCGAUGUCGUUGCCCGUCAAUCAACUGAAGCAAACAAUGCUCAGAAUAUAAAAGAACCCGGGCUGGCCUGGAUGAUUGGCUUUCUCUUUGUUGUCAGCUUUCUUGGCCUCUUUUCUGUGGUUCCCCUUCGAAAGAUAAUGAUCAUAGACUUCAAACUCACAUAUCCAAGUGGAACCGCAACUGCUCUCUUAAUCAACAGUUUUCAUACCCCGAAAGGAGCUAAGCUGGCAAAGCAACAAGUAAAAGCACUUGGGAAAUACUUCACUGUCAGCUUCCUGUGGGGUUUCUUCCAGUGGUUUUUUACGGCAGGGGAUGCGUGUGGGUUCGUAAACUUUCCCACAUUUGGGCUGAAAGCGUAUGACAACCGAUUUUACUUUGACUUCUCAGCAACCUAUGUGGGCGUUGGGAUGAUUUGUCCAUAUCUCAUUAACAUAUCCGUCUUACUUGGAGGAAUCCUUUCAUGGGGGAUAAUGUGGCCUCUCAUCAAGGAAAGGAAGGGUCACUGGUAUCCAGCAAAUCUUAGUGAAAGCAGCCUGCAUGGCUUGCAAGGAUACCGUGUUUUUAUAGCAAUCGCCAUGAUUCUUGGAGAUGGUCUCUACAACUUCUGCAAAGUAUUGGGGCAUACCCUGCAUGGAUUGUAUCACCAAAUGAAAAACAAGUCAGUCCUCCCGGUCGCGGGACAAUCACCCCCAGAACCUUCUAUGUCAGUUGAUGACAAGCGAAGAACUGAAGUUUUCCUCAAGGACCAAAUCCCGAUGUGGUUUGCAGUGUCGGGCUAUGUCACGAUCGCCAUUAUCUCGACAAUAUCACUUCCUCACAUCUUCAACCAGCUGAAGUGGUACCACAUUGUGGUGAUCUACAUUGUUGCACCUGUACUAGCCUUCUGCAAUGCAUACGGAGCGGGCCUCACCGAUUGGUCGUUGGCAUCUACGUACGGGAAGCUCGCGAUCUUCACGAUCGGGGCGUGGGCGGGGGCCACACAUGGUGGUGUUCUUGCAGGACUAGCCGCGUGCGGGGUGAUGAUGAACAUCGUGUCCACCGCAUCAGACCUGACGCAGGACUUCAAGACGGGUUACUUGACCCUGGCUUCCCCUCGGUCCAUGUUUGUCAGCCAAAUCGUUGGGACGGCGAUGGGGUGUGUCAUCUCGCCUUGCGUGUUCUGGCUCUUCUACAAGGCAUUCCACGACUUGGGGCAGCCGGGAUCAGAGUACCCAGCACCUUAUGCGCUUGUGUACCGCAACAUGUCCAUCUUGGGGGUGGAGGGGUUCUCGGCACUACCGAAGCGUUGCCUCACGCUGUGCUAUGUCUUCUUCAUUGGGUCAAUCGUCAUAAACGGGAUAAGGGAUGUGGUUGGGAAGAAGAGGGCGCGGUUCAUUCCGAUCCCCAUGGCGAUGGCCAUCCCGUUCUACCUGGGAAGUUACUUUGCCAUUGACAUGUGCGUGGGGAGCUUGAUUCUUUUCAUUUGGAGGCAGAUAAACGAGAAGAAGGCUGAUGCAUUCGCGCCGGCAGUGGCUUCCGGGCUAAUAUGUGGGGAUGGGAUCUGGACUUUGCCGCAGUCCGUGCUGGCUCUCGUUGGGGUCAACCCGCCCAUUUGCAUGAAGUUUCUGUCCCGGAAGAACAAUGCAAGGGUUGAUGCCUUGAUUAUUUAAUUUGGUAUCUAUAUACUGCGUAUCUACAUAAUUUUGUUCAUAUGAAAUACAUAGAUACCAAAUUAAAUUACCAAUAAUUUGUUGAUUAUUGUGCAUCUUAUAUGCCCUCCUCAUUUCUAUUUAACUUUUAAAAAUUUUGUGCCCCAUGC